AUGUCCUUAUUCCAAUUUCAAGAAUGGUUCUCUGCUUCUCAACAAAAUUCAUUCUCCCUUGCUGUAGCAAAAAUAAUUGGAGAAAGAGACCAAAUAAUUGUUGGUUCACUUGAUGGAAUACUUACAGUUUUUGAUCCAGGAAGAGAGCCAAACCAUCAAAACGAGAUGGGAGUACUUUCUACAUUACAAAUUGGCCGUCCAAUUUUGCAAUUAUCUACCGGAUAUUUUUUACCUUCUUAUGGCCCAGAAACAAUAAUUAUUGUUGCUUUAACCUCUUCAACUUUAAUUUAUUUUAAAAUUAACCAAAAUACUCAAUCUUUAUUUGAAUGUGAACAAAUUUUUGAACAUAAAAUUCCUGGCCCUCCAGCUUUUAAUUUCUGCUAUUUCGGACGAAGCAAUGUUGAACAAAUUUGUGUUCAAUCACUCCAAGGAGGCCUUAUCCUUUAUGAAGCAGAAAACAGAGUUCUUCAACGCUCAAUUCCAGAUAUUUUACAUCCCGGUCCUUUGGGAUACUCCUCCAAUUCAGAAUCCAUAAUAAUCGCUUCUGGUGGUUAUUUAAGGUCUGUUAGAUAUUCUACAUUAAUUGCUACUGGAACAAAACAAACUUAUAUUGACUGGACAAUACCUCUCGGUGACUGGGCUGUUCAAAUGGUUAUACUUCUCGGUGAUCCUUCUGCCUCCUUAAACUCCCGCCCUUCUAGUGCCGUUUUCAAUUCAAAUACAAAUUUAAAUUCUUCUAUUUCGAUUAAUACAAAUGCUCAAAAUACUACAGGGUUUCCACCUUCAAUUAUUGUUUUAUGCAAAAGAAUUCUUUAUUGUUUUACACAUAAUGGAAGUUUGAGAUAUUCUAUUAGACUUCAAGCUGUUGCUUUAUCCUUACAUAUAUUGUCACAAGGUAAAAGUUCUGAAAACAAACUAAUUCAACAACAAACAACUUUACCCAUUUCUAUUAUUGUUGGAACGGCUGGAAAAACAUUAUUAUUUUAUUCGGAUACUAAACUAAUUUGGAAUGUUCAAUUACCGUUUGCUGCACAAAUUGUUGAAACUUGUACAUUUAGUGAUUCACUUCGUUCAAUGAUUGUUUUACUGUCAGAAAAUUACGAUAAAUUACUUGUUGGAUAUUUAGGGACAGAGCCUUCAUUAUUUAAAAUGCCAGCAUCAGAAACUCGUUUUAUAGAUUUUGAAGAAAAGAAAAAAGAAUUGAGGGAAUUCGAAAAAAUAAUUUUUUUAAGUGGAAGGGAAGGAGAAAAUAAAGAAGAAAAAAUAAAUAAAAUAUUUAAUUUUGAAAUUUUUAUCGAUAAAAAUUCAAAUUCAUUUAAUGAAGGAAUUAAAUCAGCAACAAUUCAAAUUAAUUUUAAUAAUGAAGAAGGAAAUAAAAUAAAUGGAGAAUUAAUAUUAAAUAAUUUAAAUAAUUUGUAUUGUUUACAAGGAAAUCAACAAAUAUUGAAAGAAAUUGAAAAAUUUUAUUCUUUUAAUCUCUUUUGUCAUGAAAAUACUGUUUUGAAUAAUAAAAUUCAAAUACUUUUAAUUAUUGAAGGAGAAUAUAAUUUAAUUGAAUUAUUUAUUCCGUUAUUUUUAAUUUGCCGUGAAGUCCCUCCCCAAAGACAGGCAAUAUUUAAACUUUCAAUAGAUUCAACACAACCAGCUUUAGAUAUUGAUAUUUUAUUUCCAGAAUUUUCAAAUCAAAAAGAGGAAAUUGAAAAAGAAAUUUCAAAUCAAAAUAAUCUAGUUGAAGGUAAAAGAACAUCAAUUGCUUUACAACCAUUUUUUGGAGAAUCUAAUACAACUGUUUCCCUAUUUAUUUCAACAAAAACAAAUCGUUAUAGAAUUCAAUCAGACAAUACUGAUUUUGUUUUUGUUAUAUUUUCUGUUUUAAUUGAAAGAAUUCAAAAAAAUCAACCAGAAGCACGUCUUCAUUGCCCUGUACCCUUACAUUUAUGUUUAACUGAAAUAGCUAAAUAUAUUGAGGCCGAGGAAGAAUGUGCCAAUUUAGAAAAACAAGCUAGUAUUUUAGCUACACAAAUGCGUCAAGUAGAAACUGUUUUUCUUAGUCGAUUAAAGGCUUCUCAAAAUGAAAAUAUAAUGGAAAAUUAUGAAAGGAUGCCUGUUGAAUCCCUUGUUGAAUAUAGCCAUAAAGAAUUAAUGAAAACUUUGGAUCAAUUAAAUUCAAUUUCACAAAGCCAGUUAAACACAAAAAAGAGGAAAUCACUAGGAUCUCUUCUUAAUUUAAUGAAUUCAACUCUUAAAUUAAAUGGUAUACAAUUGCCUUUUGAUGGGAGAAUUUUAGAAGGAAGUGAUUUGACUUUAAGUGAACAAUUAUCUCAAUUACUUAAUUCACAAACAGAAAUUAAUAAAAAAUUAAAUUCUGCUGAAAUUGGACGUAUUUUAACUAAUUUUUGUGAAAGAAAUGAAAGAAAUUUGGGAGGAAUUGUUGAAGAGGAAGAUGAGGAGGAGGAAAUGGAAGAAGAAAAUGAAAUAAAUAAAGAGGAAGAGAAGAAAAAAGAAUUAAAUGAGGCUUUGAUUAAAUCUGAAGAAUUUAUGGAAUUUGUAGAAUUACAAAGUGGAUCAUUACAACAAGAUGGAAAAUUGGAUGAUUUAUAA